CGUCAUUAUUAAUUUAAUUACGGAGAUGGAGUUGCGUUUAUCUCUGAAAUUCCCUUUUUUUGGAAUGACAUUCUAGUGGACGAAACCCCACCGUCCUAAUUCCUUCUGAUUAAAAUUUAUCAACAAAUUGAAUAGAAAGCUAAACAACUGUGCUCCAUGAAAAUCCAACAACCAAAAUUCAAGCAGAAAUUCAGGUCAAACAUUCAAAUAUUUCAGUGUUCUAACCCAUGCAUUUGUAUGUUUGGUGAAAUUUAGAUGGCAAUGAGGGUGCACCAGAAUUUCAGAUGGUUUCAUGGAUUAUAAUGAUUACGAAUUCAUGAAAUUGGGGAUAUGUAGAGCCCGUGCAGUUACUUGAGUCAUGUUUCUAAUUUGAUUUUGUGGAGUACCUUCUUUGGUGGUCUUUGAUGUUGGAAAGUGUGACAGGAAAAACUAUUGUUGAAAGCAUUGAAUAUUGAGUACAAGCAGGCAAAACAUCUAUAAUGGUAGCAAGAAUGGAGAAUAUUAAUGUUGUAUAAUAGAAUCGCUAAGCAACUGACAUUGAGGCAUCCUUUAAUUGCCUGAAGAACAAAUUACAGCGACUUGAGAAAGGUUUGAGGAUGAUUAAGGGAUCAUGAUAUUGAAAUUGCAACAGAUUUUAGACUUAAUGUAUUUAAGUUUCUAAUGCGAAGCAGGAAUAUAAUUCAGUUUGCUGGGGUUGCUUCAGAGAUUCGAGAGUGACAAGGUUGAAUAAGUUACAGUGGGGAUUGGUCGAUGUCAAGAGGUUGGAAAGAUUGAUACUGCAUAUAACACACUCAAAUUAGCAACAAGCAGCUGAAGAUAUAGGGGGUAUUUGUAUUAAUAUAAUAAUGUUCGGAGAAGGCUUCUCUUCAAUAUCUAAUAAGGAGGUGGCUCCUAUGCAUUGCCCACAAACGACAAUACCUCAGUUCAGCUCAUCUAGAGAUUCAGUAAUGCUAGGUAAUUUUUACAACACUGAAGCUGAAGAGAAUGGGUUUGAAAGGCUUCCUGAUCAUCUUCUGAUAGAAGUAUUUGUGAGGCUGCCUGCCUCUGAUUGGGUUGCUGCAUCUUGUGUCCAGAAGCGUUGUGCUGCUUUAUUUAGGGGUGAAGGUUUAUGGCAAGCUGCACUCACCAGGAGAUGGCCUUCUGCUGGUAAGGAAAAGAGAUGGCCUGGACCUAUUGGACGGGGCUUAAGUAAAAGUAAACGGAGAUAUACGGCUUUGUAUGUCAGUAAACAUAUAUUUCCAUUCAGCAGCUUGGAUGGAGAGAUUGAUGAGCUUGCUGGUCAUACUUAUCUAUUUCUUAAGGAGCAGCUUGAGCUAUCUGUUACACCUGUGUCAUAUGGUUUGCUUCAUGGAACUAUUGUUGAUCAAUUUCUAGCAUGUGGUAAAGAAAGGGAUACUGCUUAUGAGCUUGCAUCAAAAGUUUGGCUUGCAGUGAUCAACAACCUUGAAGAAAAUGAACACACUUUUCGAUUGUUUAUGCAAAUUGCAGAAGAGUGGGAGGUUUUUCUUCCUUAUCCUUAUUCAAAAUCACAUUCAGUCCAAUGGAGACUUUUUGAGCGGCUUUUCACAGACUUUCGUGAUUGUCUUAUGCAAGUUGAUUAUUAUGAUGUAUUAACUCGCGCUAAGCACAAGUUUGAGCUCAUACCUCCUACCUGGCUUGGAUAUUAGUCUUUUUGAGCGGCUUUUCACAGACUUCCUGAUUGUCUUAUGCAAGUUGAUUAUUAUGAUGUAUUAACUCGCGCUAAGCACAAGUUUGAGCUCAUACCUCCUACCUGGCUUGGAUAUUAGUCUUGCGAUAUCUGAUAAAGUGCAAGAUUCAGUUCACGAGUCCACCUGACUUGUAUAUUAGCCUUCAUGAUAUCUCACAGAUGAUUCUCCAGAUGGAUACAACAUAUAUGUUUAUUAUAUCUGAAUUCUUAUUGGCAAGAACCAAUAUUUAUAUUUAUUUAUCUGGUCAGGCAACAUCUAUAUAUGUUGAUUUGUUAUUCAGGUCGAUAAACAUCUUUUGUUUCUAUUACAACCCUUUCUUUGACUCCUUGUCAUAUAUAUCUCCGUAAUCCUUGUAUCAUCAAUCACGGCUUUGACAAAAUGAAUUCUAGAUAGUAUGGUUUGAUUUUUAUAAAAUUUGGGAAGCCAAUUGUAAGACUAUUUGCAAUAAAAUAUAUAUUUACAAAUUUUAAUACAAGGAAGUACUGAUUUAAUGAA